UCUACAUUACUCUCCGGCCCGGCCCAUUAAAGCUAAAAAACAAUCCUCAAGCGGUCAUUUGUCUGCUUCUUCUCUGGACUUUCACUGCCAGAGCCAACAAUGGCGAUUACAGGAGCAGCUGCAGCAGCACCAACAUUGUUUCUCACUCUACUCUUGCUCUUGGCUUCUACAUUUCCGGGUGAAUCGAGCCUUACUUAUGAUUUCUACCAGAAAUCCUGCCCGAGGUUCAACCAAAUCAUGCAAGAUACCAUAACGAAUAAGCAGAUCACCAGUCCCACUACCGCCGCCGCCACACUUCGCCUUUUCUUCCACGACUGCCUCCUCAAUGGCUGCGAUGCUUCAAUUCUUGUCUCCUCCACUCCUUUCAACACUGCCGAGCGCGACGCCGACAUCAACCUGUCACUCCCCGGAGACGCCUUCGACGUUGUGGUCCGUGCCAAGAUAGCUCUCGAACUCUCCUGCCCUAACACCGUCUCCUGCGCCGACAUCCUUGCCGUAGCCACUCGUGACCUUGUCGUUAUGGUCGGUGGCCCGUACUACAAUGUCCCACUCGGCCGCCGCGAUUCACGCUUCUCGAAGGCCUCCGUCGUGGAAGGCAAUCUUCCGAGACCGACAAUGUCGAUGUCGCAGAUCAUCAAAAUAUUUGAAUCGCGAGGGUUUUCGAUCCAGGAAAUGGUGGCUUUGAGCGGGGCACAUACAAUCGGAUUCUCUCAUUGCAGCGAAUUCGCUAAUUCGCUUCCGAACAACACCCAUUACAACCCUAGAUUCGCACAGGGGCUUCAAAAGGCUUGUGGAGACUAUCACAACAACCCUACCCUUUCCGUCUUCAACGAUAUCAUGACUCCAAACAAGUUCGACAACUUGUACUUCCAGAAUCUGCCGAAGGGUUUGGGUCUUUUGGGGUCGGAUCACGGGUUGGCCAUUGACCCGAGAACGAGGCCUUUUGUGGAGAUGUACGGGUCGGAUCAGGACAAGUUCUUUAAAGCAUUUGCAGCGGCUAUGGUGAAGCUCAGCCUCUAUGGAGUCCAGACUGGGAGAAUAGGAGAGAUUAGGCACAGGUGUGAUGCUUUCAAUUGAAGCUUUUAACUUGGAUUUGUGAUUCUUUUUUUGGGUUGUGAGGAUUUGAUGAUAAUGAACACAAAGGUUUGUACCACGUUAUGAUGAUAUUGAAGCUUAAUUAUACUUAUUUUUCUCACAUUAUGUUCUCCCUUUGUUGCUGCAGAAAGAUUAGGUAAUUGAUCAGUUUGGUUGCUUAAAUUUGUCUGCUUUUUAUGGAAACACAAGAAAUGUUUUU